GCUGGAAGGGGAAAUAUGAAGCGGGGCCGCCGCGGCGCUCCGCGGAGAGUUGCCGGCGGCGCGGAGCGGAGCGGGUCGGAGCGGAUCGGAGCGGGAGCCCCCGAGCAGCGGGCAGCGGGGGCCGGCAGCCCCGAGGAGAGGGUCCCGCCGGCCGCCUGCCCCCUAGCGCCGGCCAUGGGCUGCCCUUCGCGGCGCUGAGCCGCGGGUCCCGGAGCGCAGGGGCGCGGAGCGGAGCGGAGAUGUACGGCAGGCUCAUGCGGUGCCUGCUCCCAGCCCUGCUGCUGCACGGGCUGGGAGAGGGUUCUGCUCUUCUUCAUCCGGACAGCAGGUCUCACCCUCGGUCCUUAGAGAAGAGCGCAUGGAGGGCUUUCAAGGAGUCGCAGUGUCACCACAUGCUGAAACACCUUCACAAUGGAGCCCGGAUCACUGUGCAAAUGCCUCCCAAUAUUGAGGGACACUGGGUAUCCACUGGCUGCGAAGUUAGAGCAGGCCCCGAGUUCGUCACAAGAUCGUACAGAUUCUACCACAAUAACACAUUUAAAGCCUAUCAGUUCUAUUAUGGUGGCAAUCGCUGCACAAACCCUAUCUACACAUUAGUUAUACGUGGCAAAAUUCGACUUCGCCAAGCAUCCUGGAUCAUCCGGGGGGGUACCGAGGCUGAUUAUCAGCUACGCAACGUACAGAUCAUAUGCCACAAUGAAGCAAUAGCCAAAAAAUUAAGUGAGUUGGUGAACCACACGUGUCCUGGAUUUAUACCAGAAGAUAGUCCCUGGGAGCAAGAUGUGAGCUAUGAUUUGCUGAGAGAAGAGAACGGUUGUGAAUGCACCAAAGCUCUGAAUUUUGCCAUGCAUGAACUCCAGCUGAUCCGCGUGGAGAAGCAGUAUCUGCAUCACAACUUAGAUCAUCUUGUGGAGGAGCUAUUUCUCGGAGACAUUCAUACCGAUGCUACCCAGAGGAGGUACUACCGACCCUCUAGUUACCAACCUCCUCUUCAAAAUGCCAAGAACCACGACCGCACGUGCAUUGCGUGCAGGAUCAUCUACCGCUCCGAUGAGCACCACCCUCCCAUCCUACCCCCCAAGGCGGACCUGACCAUCGGGCUGCACGGUGAGUGGGUGAGCCAGCGCUGCGAGGUGCGGCCGGAGGUGCUCUUCCUCACACGGCACUUCAUCUUCCACGACAACAACAACACCUGGGAAGGCCACUACUACCACUACUCCGACCCCAUCUGCAAACACCCCACCUUCACCAUCUACGCCAAGGGACGCUACAGCCGAGGAGUGCAUUCGUCCAAAGUGAUGGGGGGAACGGAGUUUGUGUUCAAAGUAAACCACAUGAAAGUGACGCCCAUGGAUGUAUCCACAGCCUCUCUGCUCAACGUCUUCAACGGGAACGAGUGCGGGGCGCAGGGCUCCUGGCAAGUCGGGGUCCAACAAGACGUCACCCACACCAACGGCUGCAUCGCGCUCGGCAUCCGCCUGCCUCACACCGAGUACGAAAUCUUCAAGAUGGAACAGGACGCCAGAGGCAGAUACUUGCUGUACAACGGCCAGAGGCCCAGUGACGGGUCCAGCCCCGACCGACCGGAAAAGAGAGCCACGUCCUACCAGAUGCCUUUAAUUCAGUGCGCUUCGUCCGCGCCCAGAUCUGAGGAGUCACCAGAGGAAAAUAAAAUACGUCUGUAUAGCAGCGGGGCACCAGCAAAACAUCCCAGUGCCCCAGCUCUUGCUUUGGCGUUGUUUAUUUGUACUGUGACAUAUUGGGACAUUCUCAGCUAGAAGUGAAAAAAAACUCUUUUUCAUGACUACAAAGCCAGGAUUCCAUAAGACUGAGGGUUGUUUUUCUUCAGAAAGAAAGGGACGUUUAUUUUCUUGAUGCACUUGAAUGCCUGAGAACUGUUGUUCUUUUCCUUAUUUCCCCCCCCCCCCUUGAAUCACAAACAGCACUCGUUUGAUGUUUCUCGUGCUUUGAACUUCGUCCAGUCUGAUCCCUGGCCUGACAUGACUGCACAAAAGUAAUUGCACUUUAGGACUGCAGACUUCUGGGGGGAGGGACGGGGUCUCCUUUUAUUAUUAUUUUUUUUUUAACUGCUGGGGUGAACAUUAAGAUCCUGCUUCAGUUGUCUCCGCCAUUUUACCACUGUGGUACUUUCUCAGCCCAACGCUCGGUUUCUCAUCAGAAUUUAACUGGGGAACGACUCAGUGUAGUGUUAAUACUGUGACAGCAGCUUCCCCCUCUGACUUCAGGACUCUGGUGUAGAUAUGUAUAUAAGAAGAAAACCUACAAGGAUUUAUCUAGCCAUUAUCUCACAGCUCAACAGAAACAGCAAAUCAACAGCCCUCCAUUGAGACAGUGGUAAAUGGUUGAUAUCUUCAAGUUGAAAAAUAUUCCAAAUAAUUUAAACUAUUUUUACAACUCUUAAGUUGUAAAAAUAAUCAGUGGCUUAACAUUUUCUCAUUGAUUUCAUUAGCUAUGUAAUUGCUUCAGGACCUCCCUAUGAAUCAAGUAAAUAGUUACAGCCAAGCCCCCCUAAAGCCAGACAGAAAAAGCAUUUUUUUCCUGUCAGAUAUACAAAGCACAGGUAAGUUGCUGAUAGAAAUCUGAAGUGGCUUGUUCUGUUCCCGUAUUGGUGAGGCCUCGUGUACCCCACAUGCAGUAUUUGUAGCUUGGAUGUUGUAUCAGCCAGGUGGAUGAACAAAGAAGCACCUGGGGCUCCAACACAUUCUGCAGCCCUCCUCCGUGGCCUGUUUUUAAUGAUUUAAGUUCCUUAGCAGGAACAGGUACAGGGUUUCGGCAGCAAGCCCACCAUGGGCCCCAGUGUUGCCUUUAGCUUAGAGAGCAGGAGAGCAGCAGGAAGCAGACCCACAUCCAUCUGAUGGAUGGAGACUGGCACGGUCUUACCCAAGCAAGGAGCAAGAGCUGCACAAACGCUGCCGCCUCCUCCCUUUUCUACUUGCUAGACAGUUCCAAAACACAUGGAUUCACCGAGCUUGGUAUGCCAUAUCGGUAUGGGGAGACACUACUGGGAAAGUUAGAGAGGCAGAGCCCUCAGCUUCCCUCAACAACGCCUGCUCUGAAAACCCUCUGAUUUUCUCCCAGCGGCAAAUACAUUCUUGUGUACACACUGACAUGGAUGAAAGCAGACAGGGUGGGGGAGAUAUUUAAGGCCAGCAAGGAGGUACAGCUCAUGGAUGAACCAUGCUCCCCAGUUUUUACAGGGAGGAAGCCGAGGGCACGGCUCAGCCUGGAGGCCUUUACUGAUAUACACGCGAGUCCUGGCUCUCAGGAGGAACCUGUGACAGAAACACAAGGAGUAAGGUCACUGCGUCUCAUCAGCAGCAGCUUCUAGCUGCCCCGUCCUGUACUACGGGAGAAAGAACCCUCCAAUGUGUCAUUUCUAGCAUCAUAGGAAAAGCCCAUCUUGAAUAAAGCUCUUUCAGCUUCGCACAGGUGAGCGUUCAUACCACGUGCUACACAGCAAAAGCAUGCUUUGAAAUAACAGCGAUAGCAUGGACCUUCCUAGCAAAGCAAGCAGGAAAAAGCCAUCCAAGUAGCAAAUGGCUAUACUCAGGCUCCCUACCUCCUCAACGUUUGUGCCUUCUUGACAGUUUGCUCCAAGCUGGUUUCAGCCUUUGACAGGAAUUCCCUGAGUGGUAAAGAAAUGGGUUCACCUGUUUUCGAGACAGCAAGAGGAAGAGGGGGAAGGAACAACCACAGGCUCUCAUUGCCACAUCACACCUUUCACAUUUUUCCCCCAGACAUGAAAUGUCACAGAAAACCCAUAAAUAGCUCAAGAGGCAGGAACAGAGCUCAGGGUGACUCAGUAGCCACCAGAGAAAGCAUUCAUCCAUUCACCUGGUACCAGAUCCUCCUUCGGCUUGCUGGGAGGAGCUGAAAGCCAGCUCACCGUGAUAAAUCAAGCCCUAAGAACGCCAGCUGCUCUGCUUAGCAUUUCUUAAUGGUUUACCGCUCCACUCCAUCAAACCUUGAAGAGUUCUGGAUAGUUGCUAGCAUAGAGGCAUCAGGAGCACAGCUUUCACCAGAGGGUCAAGAUAGGGACAUGAUGUCUCUGAAAGAGAACCUAAAGACCAGAUAGGAGUUUGGUUUUCUCUAGCUAGACCUCAAGUUUUCUAUUCAGCAAAAUUACACCAGCACAUCUCCAAAUGAGUUGCUGAGCUAUUACAGGAUCUCAGACAAGUUCCUCCAAAUAGUAGCUUAGUCUCCGACCUCUGUUUAAGACAUAGGUGCAUGAGUGAGUUCAUGUUAGUUUCUAUUUAUAAGGAUGUGUAUGGUGUGAUGUUCCUUAGACCACAGAAGACAAGCUUCUUUCACCACAUUAGGUGGUUUCGUCUCUGGAAAAAUAUAAAUGGCUAGGAGCUGUUAGACCUUGACCCUUCCCUACACAAGACCCACACAAACACAAGUCCCAGCUGAAAUCUGCCCAUCCUUGAAAUGCGGGAUGGAACCCAACAGCAAGAGCCACUCCACAGCACGAUGUUCCACAUUCACCAGGACAAGGAGCCACAAUUUAUGACUGUGUUGUCGCUCCUCCGUAAACUGCUUAACGUCAGAAGUAUUACAACGGUUUCAAGAGAAAGACCUGUCUAGUUCUUACCUCUAAAAAGCACAUCCAAACCUAAACUACAAGUUAGAUCCUUAUUUUGAGUAUCAGACUUGCACCAACCUAGCUUUGCCCAGACAUAGGGCUACACUAAAUGCAAACGUGACACAAUGUACAAACCAAACAAGAAGUCCCUUUUUUUCCCCUAUCACCCAGAGAUGGUUAAAAAGGAAGUGCUAGAAAGAGACCUUUGUAAUGCAUUACAAAAAAAGAAUCUGCUCCUGGUUUAUUUUGGCUCUGGUAUAUUAUGGUUCUUUUGGUUUAUUUGUAUUGUUGACUUGAAACAUAAUUUUAUGAUCUGAGUUUUUAGCAUAUGCUGCUGCACCAGCUUCCCUCCUUGUGCCUACAUAUUUUUCCUCUAUUUUCCUAUUAGCCAAUAGAAGCCAAGUUGGACACAGAUAAGUCAGCCUUCAGAGUGUGCGUGUUAUUUGUCAACCCACGUGCUCUGCAAGGGGUCUCCUAGGUUACAGGCCCAGGACUAGGAGCUGAGCUCCCUUGAUCUCCUCAUUUCAUCAGGUGCUAAAUUUACUGUUGCAGAGCCCCAUACACAUUUGUGACAAUAUACUCCAUUCAUUUUGUUUCUCCAACCUGACCUCGUGUGCUGGCAGCCCUGACUGCCAAAGGAGUUAAGCCACAAGUGGCUUGGCAGUGGAAGACCUACAAGCUGAGCCAUUUGUCCCAUACCAAAGCUCAGAAGCAUUAAAGAGGGAAACAAUUAAUGUUGGUAUCUUCAGUAACUGCCAGGGUUGCCAGAACAGGUGAAAGGUUUCCGCUUGUCACCACUGUAAUGUCCUCCUGGAGGAGCCACCUGGCAGAAGAAACAGUAACCUGAGGAAUCUCUUGGGCAACUUGUUUUAAUACAUGCUAUUAAAAAAGAAAGAAGGGAUCAGAAAGCUGUAACAGUUGUACCUGCUCUAUUUCUAUACCGUUUACAUAUUGUGCCUGCUGCCCUGGGGUAGAAUGUCAUUUUUAAGACCAGAGGUCCAUAUUUUAAGAUGCAGUGUCUGUCUUGCUUGAGUUGGAGUGUGCUUGCUUAAAGUGCAGGAUUUAAAGAGAAAAAAGAAAACUUUUUAUUUUUGUAAAGCUAUUGAAGAUAUUUUUCUUCUCAACUAUAUGUUCCAGAUUAAACUGCCGGGGAAGUUUAAGCACUUGUUGAACUAUUGAUUGAAAUAAAAAAAGCCUAACAAAAAAAAAAAAAAAAAGGAUUUCUUUGCACCCUACAUGUUAGUUUUCUGUUGACUCACCACCAGUAUAGAGUGAUACACGUCUCAAAGCGAUAUCCAAAAUCCCUGUUGAGUGACUUGUGCACAGCUCAUUUCUUACCACUUAGAAGAAAACAUCAUUUUCUUGAGAACACAACACUAGAAAAAGCUCUGAUGAAUGCCGCAGGGGUGAUUUGGGUUUUGCAGCACAUCUUUAGGUUCUCUGAAUAAAAUGAGCCGCAAUGCAGGCUGGAAGCACACCACAAGCAAUGAUGGUGUUGGCUUGCAAGGUUAGCACGGUCGGAGCAGCUGCGUGUCAGUACAAAGGGUGUGGUUUCCACAGAAAGAAAAUAUUUUUUCAUAAAUGAACUGCAAUCAGAUGAAACGGCAUUACUAUUCUGCUAUUGCAUCUCACUUGCUCUAAGGGUACAGCCUGGGGGAGGGAGCAGGGAGUAGAAAGGAUGCUUUUCUUAAAGAGAAAUCCAAAAUGAACUGAGAAUGCAAAGCAAGCCACAGGGUAACAAAAGCAUCUUUCUUCAGUGCUGUGCAGUUUCAUUACUGUCUCGCUCGCACAAAGAGAAGGGGUGAAAUGAAGUCAAUGAGACUCCCACCACCAGCUUCAAAAGCUUUGCAUUAGAUCGAUUUCUGAGUUUUCAGAAGUGACUCAGGAUUUUUGGAAACGUGACAGCAGAUCUCUGAAAGAUGAGCUUGAUUUUCAGGAAGCAUGCCCUAAAUUAUAAGGCACUCCAAAUGCAGUAGCCACAGUCUGAAAGAAGUGGCCUCCCUUUCCACACAAAGCUGUGGGCAUGGAUGAAUUCAGGCAUAAAUAUAUUCCACGUGGCAUAAUUUACCCCUCCCUGACACAAACAGGAAGGCUAGGUAAUGAAGACCAACACCACUAACUCUGAAUUUUAUUGUUUAAUUUUCCUUUUUAUUCCUCUUUGAAGUAUUUUCCAAGAUGUUUUUCAUGCUAAUCUUCUCUCUAGCGCUAUCAGUGUUGAUUUUUCUAAUUAUUAUUUGCUGCCACCAAUAAAUAAUAGUAAAGAA